AUGCUUUCCAAGCUUCCUCUCAUCGCAUCCUUCCUGCCCACCGCCCUCGCCUGCCUGGGCUACGAGGGCGGCGUGCCUACUCCGACGGCUUCCCAUUCUAACAGCGCCGUGAUUGAGGUUGCUGCCGGAAAGGUCUUCGACGGUGGCUGGGCCAGGUACGACCGCGGCUCCGGUGCCUGCAAAGACCAGUCUGAAGGUGACUGGAAAGAUGCCGUCUUCUACCUUCAAUCCGGCGCAACGCUGAAGAACGUCAUCAUCGGCAAGAACCAAGCCGAGGGAGUGCACUGCAAUGGACCCUGCACCCUGGAGUUUGUCUGGUUUGAGGAUGUUUGCGAGGACGCAAUUUCCAUCGUACGUUCCCUCUUUCCCUCGGUCAUGUCUUGA